CAAAUUACUCCUCAGGAGAGUGAGGGCAAGAAAUAAAUCUACUUUAAAAAAAUAAAAGAAAGCCAGUUUUGUUGGAAAUAUAGUUUACUUAACAUAAAAUUCAUCCAUUUGAAGUGUACAGUUCAGUGAUUUUUGGUAAAAUUUCAGAGUUGUGUAACCAUCACCACACCCAGCUUUAGAAAGUUUCCAUUUCCCCCGAAAGAUCCCUAAUUUGUGGUCAGUCACCAUGCCCACCCCCAGGCCCAGGCGACCGUUAUUGUGUUCUGUCUCUAGAUUUGCUUUUUCUGACAUGUCAUAUAAAUGGGAUCAUACAAUAUGCAGUGUUUUGUAUCUCGGUUCUUUCAUUUAGAAUAGUGUUUUUGAGGUUCAUCCAUGUGGUGACAUGUUUCUAUACUUCAUUCUUUUUUACGGCUCCUUAUAUCCAUUGUGUGGAUGUACUAUAUUUUGCUUAUCCAUUCAUUAGUUGAUGGAUCGUGUACAUUUUGGGGCUGUUAUGAAUAACGCUGCUAUCUUAGUUUCUCAUGGGCGCUGUAGUAAAUUACCACAGACUUGGUGGCUUAAAACAACAGUUUAUCCUCUCACAGUUCUGGAGGCCAGAAGUCCAAAAUCAAGGUGUUGGCAGGGCCACACUCCCUUCAGAGGCUUUAGGAAAAAUUUCAUUCCUUGCCUUUUCCAGCUUCGGGUGGUUGCUGACGCUCCUUGGCUUGAAGUCACAUUACUUCAGCCUGCCUCCGUCUUCGUGUUGCCUUCUUUUCUGUGUCUCUCAAAACUCUCACUGCCUCUCUUAUAUGGAUAAUAUGAUUAUGUUUCGGGCCCACCUGGAUAAUCCUGGAUAAGCUCUUCCUCUCAGAUCCUAACUUAAUCAUAUCUUUAAUAUUUACAGGUUGUAGAGAAUUGACAGAGAUAGAGGGCCAUUUUUUGGCCUGCUGAAGCUGCUAUGAAGAUUCACUUAAAGUCUUAUAUGUGUACAUAUGUUUUCAUUUCUCUUGGGGAGAUAGCUAGGGAGUACAAUUGCUGGGUCAUAUAGUGAAUUUAAGGAGCCCUAAUGGCACUUUAAUGGCACAGUGGUCAAGUACCUGGCUGCUAAAUGGAAAGGUCAGGGGUUUGAACCUAUACGAGUAGCUCCUCAGGAGAAAAGUCCAGGCGAUCUAUUCCUGUAAAGAUUCUAAAACCAAAAACCGAGCCCAUUGCCAUUGUGUUGAUUCCAACUCAUAGAAUCCUAUAGCACAGGGUAGAACUGUCAUCUUUACAGAAGCCGACUGCCACACCUUUCUCCUGCAAAGAGGCUGGUGGGUUCCAACCGCAGACCUUUUGGUUAGCCUUGGCGAGCUUAACUCCACUGCUCCACCAGGACCCCUUCCUGUAAAGAAUACAGGCUAGGAAAUGCUAUGGGGCAGUUCUACUCUGUCAUAAAGGGUCGCUUUGAGUCGCAGUAGAUUUGAUGCCACACAACAACAUGGUAAAUUUAUGUUUAAAUUUUAGAAACUGCCAAACUGUGUUCUGACAUGACUGUACCAUUUUCCCUUGCAACCGGCAAUGUGUGAGGUUUCCAGUUUCUCCAUAUUCUUGGCAAUUAUCUGUCUUUUUUAUUAUAACUGUUCCAGUGGGCAUGAAGUGGUAUGUCAUUUUGGUUUUAAUUUACAUUGGAAAACCCUCGACUAGAUGAAUUGACACAGUGGCUACAACAGUGGGCUCAAACUUAACAAUGAUUGUGAGGAUGGCACAGGACCUGGCAGUGUUUCGUUCUGUUGUACAUGGGUCAUUAUGAGUUGGAACUGACUUGAUGGUACCUAACAACAACAAGGGUCGCUAUGAGUCGGAAUCGACUCGAUGGCAAUGUGCUAAUGGCUAAAAAUGUUGGACAUUAUUUUAUGUGCUUAUUAGCCAUUUAUAUAUGUUCUUUGAUAAAAUAUCUAUUCAACACUCUUGUUAAUUUUUAACUGGGUUAUUUGUCUUCUUACUGUUGUGUUGUAAGAGUUAGUUCAUUGUUUUUGACAAACUUGCCCCAUCAUUGCCUAUCCUAAGGACUGUGGUGAUUGAGGUCAUCUUAUUCAGGAAGGGGUAGUGAGUAUUGAGGCAACCCAUUUUCCCAGGGUGCUUAGAACUGGGGCAAGGCUGCCAUCCUGCAUUGUGCUCUGUGCUAGUCUGUUAUAAGGCAGUAGAUCAGACUCAUGUAUGGCCUUUCGGCUACCAAUUACUGUGUCAGGGAAGCAGGUCCAUCGUUCUCCCUAUGCCCCGGAAAUCAUAAGCUCAAUGAUAUUCGAUCUAUAAUUAUAAUGCCUCUCAAGAUGUGGAGCUCUCCUUGCAGAUUGGCGACACAGUUCAUAUUCUGGAGAUGUAUGAGGGGUAUUUUCCCUGAAACAUAUAUCCACUUGAAAGAGGCAACUGUGGAAGACAGAGGGCAGAACGAGACUGUGAUUCCAGGUGAGCUGCCACUGGUGCAGGAGCUCACCUCCACUCUGCGAGAAUGGGCCGUCAUCUGGCGCAAGCUCUAUGUGAACAACAAAGUCACACUUUUCCACCAGCUGCGGCAGAUGACUUACAGCCUGAUUGAGUGGCGGUCCCAGAUCCUGUCGGGAACACUCCCCAAGGAUGAACUGGCAGAGCUCAAGAAGAAGGUCACAGCCAAAAUCGAUCAUGGGAACAGAAUGCUUGGGUUAGAUCUGGUGGUGCGAGAUGACAACGGGAACAUUUUGGACCCAGACGAAACAAGCACAGUUGCUCUCUUCAAGGCCCAUGAGGUGGCUUCAAAAAGGAUUGAGGAAAAGAUCCAAGAGGAAAAGUCAAUUUUGCAGAACUUGGACCUGCGGGGCCAGUCGAUCUUCAGUGCAGUCCAUACCUAUGGCCUCUAUAUGAACUUCAAGAACUUUGUCUGCAACAUUGGGGAAGAUGCAGAGCUGUUCAUAGCCCUCUAUGACCCAGAUCGGUCCACUUUUAUCAGUGAGAACUAUCUGAUUCGUUGGGGCAGUAACGGAAUGCCCAAGGAAAUAGAGAAGCUCAAUAAUCUUCAAGCAGUCUUUACUGACCUCAGCAGCAAUGACCUCAUCCGUCCCCGCAUCAGCCUAGUAUGCCAGAUUGUCCGGGUGGGCCACAUGGAGCUGAAGGAGGGCAAAAAGCACACCUGUGGACUCCGAAGACCCUUUGGAGUAGCAGUGAUGGAUAUUACUGAUAUCAUACACGGGAAGGUGGAUGAUGAAGAAAAGCAGCAUUUUAUUCCCUUUCAGCAAAUUGCAAUGGAGACCCAUAUCCGACAGAGGCAGAUGAUCAUGUCACCCUUGAUAACAUCCCAUGUGAUUGGGGAGAAUGAGCCACUCACUUCAGUCUUGAAUAAAGUGAUAGCAACUAAGGAAGUCAAUCACAAAGGACAAGGACUUUGGGUGUCCUUGAAGCUAUUGCCGGGUGACUUGACGCAAGUUCAGAAGAAUUUUUCACACUUGGUUGACAGAUCAACAGCAAUAGCCCGAAAAAUGGGCUUUCCUGAAAUAAUACUGCCAGGAGAUGUUCGGAAUGAUAUUUAUGUCACCCUGAUCCAUGGAGAGUUUGACAAAGGGAAAAAGAAGACACCGAAGAACGUGGAGGUGACCAUGUCUGUGUACGAUGAGGAUGGGAAGCUCUUAGAGAAAGCAAUUCAUCCUGGGGCUGGAUAUGAAGGCAUUUCAGAGUACAAGUCAGUGGUCUACUACCAAGUCAAGCAGCCCUGUUGGUAUGAGACUGUCAAGGUAUCCAUUGCUAUAGAAGAGGUCACACGCUGCCAUAUAAGGUUCACAUUCCGACAUAGGUCAUCACAGGAAUCCAGAGAUAAAUCAGAGCGAGCAUUUGGGGUGGCCUUCGUGAAACUGAUGAACACGGACGGCACCACCCUGCAGGACGGGAGGCACGAUCUGGUGAUUUAUAAGGGUGACAACAAGAAAAUGGAAGAUGCUAAAUUCUACCUGACCCUGCCUGGCACCAAGGCAGAGAUGGAAGAAAAAGAGCUCCAGGCAUCCAAAAGCCUGGCCAACUUUACCCCAACCAAGGAUAGCACAAAAGAUAGCUUUCAGAUUGCCACCCUCAUUUGCUCCACAAAGCUAACCCAAAACGUUGACCUGUUAGGCUUGUUAAAUUGGCGUUCCAACUCCCAGAACAUUGAACACAACCUAAAGAAGCUGAUGGAGGUGGAUGGAGGAGAAAUUGUUAAGUUUUUGCAAGAUACACUAGACGCACUUUUUAACAUAAUGAUGGAAAUGUCAGAAAAUGAAACUUAUGACUCUCUUGUGUUUGAUGCACUGGUAUUUAUUAUUUCACUGAUAGGAGACAUCAAGUUCCAGCAUUUUAAUCCUGUACUUGAAACCUAUAUUUACAAGCACUUCAGUGCCACUUUGGCAUAUGUGAAACUCUCCAAGGUACUGAACUUUUAUGUGGCCAAUGCAGAAGACUCUAGCAAAACAGACUUGCUUUUUGCUGCUUUGAAAGCCUUAAAGUACUUGUUUAGAUUCAUCAUUCAAUCUAGAGUACUCUACUUGAGGUUUUAUGGCCAAAGCGAAGAUGGAGAUGAAUUUAAUAACUCAAUCCGAAAGUUAUUUCUCUCUUUCAAUAUGCUAAUGGACAGGCCUCUGGAGGAAGCUGUUAAGAUCAAGGGUGCAGCUUUGAAGUACCUUCCCAGCAUCGUUAACGAUGUAAAACUUGUGUUUGACCCUGUUGAGCUCAGCGUGCUCUUCUGCAAGUUCAUUCAAAGCAUUCCUGACAACCAGUUAGUUCGGCAGAAACUUAACUGCAUGACCAAGAUAGUAGAGAGUAAUCUCUUUCGGCAGUCAGAGUGCAGAGAUGUGCUGCUGCCACUGCUGAUAGACCAGCUCAGCGGCCAGCUAGACGACAACUCCAGUAAGCCUGACCAUGAGGCAAGCUCGCAGCUUCUGAGCAACAUCCUGGAAGUCCUGGACAGGAAGGAUGUGGGCCCCACCACGAUGCACGUGCAGCUGAUCAUGGAGCGGCUGCUGAGAAGGAUCAACCGCACUGUGAUUGGGAUGAGCCGACAGUCUCCCCACAUCAGGAGUUUCGUUGCUUGCAUGAUUGCCAUCCUGCAGCAAAUGGAUGACAGCCACUACGGCCACUACAUCAGCACUUUCAAAACCAGACAAGACAUCAUUGACUUCCUCAUGGAAACCUUUAUCAUGUUUAAGGAUCUAAUUGGAAAGAAUGUCUAUGCCAUAGAUUGGAUGGUCAUGAAUAUGACUCAGAGCAGGGUUUUUCUUCGUGCAAUAAAUCAGUUUGCUGAAGUUCUCACAAGAUUCUUCAUGGAUCAGGCAAGCUUUGAACUUCAGCUCUGGAAUAAUUACUUCCACUUGGCAGUAGCAUUUCUCACCCAUGAGUCCCUUCAGCUUGAAACCUUCUCUCAAGCCAAGCGCAACAAAAUCGUAAAAAAAUAUGGGGACAUGAGAAAGGAAAUCGGUUUUAGAAUCCGGGACAUGUGGUAUAACCUCGGUCCCCACAAAAUCAAAUUCAUCCCAUCCAUGGUGGGUCCCAUUCUGGAGGUCACUCUGACCCCUGAAGUAGAGCUCCGGAAAGCCACAAUCCCCAUUUUCUUUGAUAUGAUGCAGUGUGAGUUCAAUUUCAGUGGAAAUGGCGAUUUCCAUAUGUUUGAGAAUGAAUUGAUUACGAAGCUGGACCAAGAGGUAGAAGGGGGCAGAGGAGAUGAACAAUACAAAGUUCUUCUGGAAAAACUGCUCCUAGAACACUGCCGGAAACAUAAAUACCUCUCCAGCUCUGGAGAAGUCUUUGCUCUCCUGGUUAGCAGCCUCUUGGAGAAUCUGCUGGACUACAGAACCAUCAUCAUGCAUGACGAGAGCAAGGAAAACCGCAUGAGCUGUACUGUCAAUUUGCUGAAUUUUUACAAAGAAAAGAAGAGAGAGGACAUAUACAUAAGAUACUUGUACAAGCUUCGGGAUUUACAUCGAGACUGUGAGAACUACACGGAAGCUGCUUACACACUUCUAUUACAUGCUGAGCUUCUGCAGUGGUCUGACAAGCCCUGCGUACCCCAUUUGCUUCAGAGGGACAGUUACUAUGUUUAUACCCAGCAAGAGCUUAAAGAGAAGCUAUAUCAAGAAAUCAUAGCAUAUUUUGACAAAGGGAAAAUGUGGGAGAAGGCUAUCAAACUGAGCAAAGAGUUGGCUGAGAAUUACGAGAGCAAAGUGUUUGACUACGAGGGCCUUGGCAAUCUCCUGAAAAAAAGAGCCUCGUUUUAUGAGAACAUCAUUAAGGCAAUGAGGCCUCAGCCUGAAUACUUUGCUGUUGGAUACUAUGGACAGGGCUUUCCUUCCUUCCUACGGAAUAAAAUCUUCAUCUACCGGGGGAAGGAGUAUGAGAGACGAGAAGACUUCAGCCUGAGGUUACUGACCCAGUUCCCCAAUGCAGAGAAGAUGACCAGCACCACGCCCCCUGGAGAGGACAUCAAGAACUCCCCAAAGCAGUACAUGCAGUGCUUCACCGUGAAGCCAGUCAUGAGCCUGCCACCUGGCUACAAAGACAAACCAGUGCCCGAGCAGAUCUUGAACUACUACAGAGCCAAUGAAGUGCAGCAGUUCAAAUAUUCCCGGCCAUUCCGGAAAGGAGAAAAGGAUCCAGACAAUGAAUUUGCUACCAUGUGGAUUGAAAGGACCACGUAUACGACUGCAUAUACCUUUCCUGGGAUUCUCAAGUGGUUUGAAGUCAAACAGAUUUCAACAGAGGAAAUCAGCCCUUUGGAGAAUGCCAUAGAAACCAUGGAGCUUACCAACGAGAAGAUCAGCAACUGUGUUCAGCAGCAUGCCUGGGACCGGUCGCUCUCUGUGCACCCGCUCUCCAUGCUGCUCAAUGGCAUUGUAGACCCAGCUGUCAUGGGGGGAUACUCCAACUAUGAAAAGGCUUUUUUUACUGAAAAGUACUUGCAGGAGCAUCCUGAAGACCAGGAGAAGGUUGAGCUGCUGAAGCGACUCAUAGCAUUACAGAUGCCUCUGCUGACGGAAGGGAUCCGCAUCCACGGCGAGAAGCUGACAAAGCAGCUCAAGCCACUGCAUGAACGGUUGUCUUCGUGUUUCCAGGAACUCAAGGAGAAAGUAGAAAAGCUCUAUGGGGUUAUAACUCUGCCUCCCAACUUGACUGAGAGGAAGCAAAGCCGCACAGGGUCUGUUGUGCUGCCCUACAUCAUGUCGUCCACUCUGCGGAGAUUGUCCAUCACCUCAGUGACUUCCUCUGUGGUUUCCAACUCUUCAAACUCAUCUGAUAAUGCACCUUCCAGACCCGGAUCUGAAGCGUCAAUUCUGGAGCCCCUUUUCGAGCGCAGGGCCUCGUCAGGUGCCAGAGUUGAAGAUAUACCCCUCAGAGAGGACAGCGAGAACCGGAUCAGCAAGUUCAAGAGAAAAGACUGGAACCUGAGCAAGUCCCAGGUCAUUGCAGAGAAAGCACCAGAACAUGAUCUAAUGAGCCCAUCCAGAAAAGCACAAAGGCCAAAGAGUCUCCAGCUGGUGGACAGUCGGCUGACACCAUUUCACGGUUCUUCACCUCCUCAGUCAACAUUCUUGAGCCCACCACCACUCACUCCUAAAGCAACCAGGACCCUAAGCUCCCCAUCUUUACAGACAGAUGGGCUGAUGACGUCUACUCUCCCGCCUCCACCUCCUCCCAAAAGCAAGCCCUAUGAGAGCAGCCAGAGGAACUCUGAGGAGAUUGCUCCCCCAUUACCUGUCCGAAAAGAAGCCAAAACCCCACCUCCACCACCUCCAAAAAUUCGGAAAUCUGGCAUCCUUUCUUCUGAGCCUGGAUCUCAAUAACGGUCUUGUCCUCUCUGGAACUGAGUGCCUUGGACAGCAGAUAGCUGAGAAUUGGCCUCCAGGGGGCAAUAGUGCCCUCACUGCACAGGGCGGGUUCCCUGCUGACUCACCUUUCUGAUCUGGAAUGAUGCUCACCAGCUCAAAGUCUGGGUUUUUUAUUUGGAAAGCUUCUCUUUGAUGAUGUUUGAGGCCAUGCCACAUUUCUUCCAGUCCACAUGGAAUUCCAGAAUCGGCCAUGCUCUGUGCAUUUCUCAAAGGAGAGACCUUCUCCACUAUUAUUAAAUUUCAGCCUCCAGUGCAGGACCAGUGGGGACUACAAAAGCCUGAGUAGUUCUUCUGCAGUGGUGGUGAAGCUGCCGCACUAACCUAGUCACUGGAGGUAUUUCUUGCUUUGCUUCUGAAAAGCUGUGCUUGAGAUUUAGUUUCUUUUCUCAUGUGGGCAUACUCUUUCCCAUAUAGUAUAUUGGAAGAGAUGAAUAUCAAGUACACUUGAGUAGCCAAAAUAAUAAUAUUGUUCUAAUAUCUACUGUGUCUCCUUUGAGGAAAAGAACACGUAUUUUUAAUGGAGAUUGGCUGCUGUCGGGUAUGAAUGGCUAUCAUUAUUGAGAAAGCAUAGACUCAAACGUGGGCUCUGAGCUCUUGCAACCCACCCCCACUCACUUGGACAUGGGAAGCUGCUCUCCUGGGAGUCCUUACACUCCUGGCCCGCAGCCCUCACUGCGCCCUUGUACUAAGGAUUCCUUUGGAGCUCAUCCAUUUGCACACAUGGUGUCUUGUCUUGUUACCUCCUCUGAGCUCAAGUCACUGGAUAUAAGGGACUUAGAAGCCUGGGUUCAGACACUUCUUUUCCAGAUUCCAUUUGGAUGGUCAGUGGCCCCCAAUCUGCUUCCUGAUUGUACCCUGGAGGAUUUAGUGCAAUAUUUCCCUUUAGUUAUUUAUUCCUCUUGAUGAUGGAAUUAAUUUGAUCACUUGUUAAUGGUACUAAUGUCAGCACUCCUUUUAGAAGAAAAAAGGGGUGAUUGAGAUUUUAGAUGAUCAAAUGUUAUAUACACAUACAUAAACAGCCACAAAGUUACAGACAUUUUGAGCUGGGGAGGCCUUAAAAGUCAUAUAAACAUUCAUUUUGUGGAUAAGGACAUUGAGGCCAAAUAGAAACUUAUGCCACAGGUUCUUACUAAUAGCCCAGCUUCUAACUUAGGCUAUACCAGAUAACACUUAGAUCUAGAAGACAGAUACCCCUGACAAGCGCCAAAAUACCAAACCCGUUGCCCUUGAGUCAAUUCUGACUCAUUGCAACUCUAUAGAACAAAGUAGAACUGCCCCAUAGAGCUUCCAAGGAGCAACUGGUGGAUUCAAACUACUGACCUUUUGGUUAGCGGCGAAUGCUUAACCACUGCACCACCAGGGCCCUACCUGUCCCUGGUUGGAACAAUAUUUGAAAUGUCAUGGAUAUUUCUAUAAUACUUGGGUAAAAAAAAAAAAAAAAUUUUUGGAUAUUUGUGGCAAAAUCAAAACAUUUGUUUAAUGUGAAUCUCCUGAGUCAAAAUAUGGAGAAGCUUACUGGGAAUCUCUUCCACCCCUUGCCCAAUCCUCAGAGUAGAGGGAGCAGAGAGAGAGAUUUCAGAGGCUCAGUUGUCAGCAGUGAGAAUUUGGAUUUCCCUACCUGGCUCUUUGUUUUUAUGCCUCCUUUCACCGCCACUGCUUUUAGGAAAGGCAUUGGAGUUCAUCACAAGGAUCAGGGAACCAGAAACCUCUGAGGCUUGUCUAGCGUUACUCAAGAAAUUAGUAUUCAUAUUCUAGAAGUGGUGUGUGAAACGGUUAUUCUUCACCCCCAUCAUGAGAAUCUACAAUGUCGUAUAAUGGAAAGAACAUGGGCUUUGGAAUUGAAUGUGUUUGGUUUCAAAUCCCAGCUAUGUCAGCUAUUUAUUAACUUGGCAAAUUCACACACAUUAUUUGAAAUUCUUUGAGCUUUCGUUUCCUCACCUUUAAAAAUGGGGAUGAUACCUGCCACACAGGUUGUUGAAUUGGUAGAUACUCACAAAACAUUCCUUUGUUUUCUCUGUAGAGUAAGAUCUGAAACUCUCUGAGAGCAUUAUGGAUACUCUGUUUUCCCAAGGGAAUUUGGAAGGUGGGUGCAGGUUAACCCUCCACAUACAGGCCCUCUUCAGAAGAUGGUGUCUUUUGAAGUCUUUUUAUGUAACUUAUGGCGAGGGACAAAGUGUUACAAGAAUUGAAGAGGAUUUUAAGUGGAAAAAACUCAAGCCCUAUAGAGAAAAAAGGAAGGAACAGAAAGAAUAUGCAGGGCUUAUGUGAAACCUGGAACAGCUUCUGAGAAGCUGCCCGUCAGCUGUAUGCCUCACCCUAGUUUCAGGCUACCAUUAGAAAGAUAUAAACGGGGUCAUGAGAAAAGCAAAACCUCUAGCCUCUCCUUUGAGAACAAUGGGAGUGAACCCAUGCCUGAUCUCGGAGCAGAGGCUGUGGAAAUCUGACACUCAGUGCCCAGAUGCCUUCCCCUGUAUUAUAUGACAUUCCAUAUGAUCGCCUUUCCACAUGAGUGGAAAUAAUAGUUUCACUCUUUCCUGAACCCGAGGAAUUCCAGGUAAUGUUGUGGAAUAAUAAAUCACAGAGGACUUUGGGAAGGUCACCUCCUUGGGAAGCUAUUGGGUAGAAAAGAGUCCUAUCUGACAGAAAGUCAUGAAUAAUGUCUGAAGUCAGAGAGGAAGAGUGCAAAAUAAAUGCCUUAUGAUUGAUGACAUUAAAUGAAGAAGAAAUGAGAGACAGGGAGAGAAACAAGAAAGAACCCAGUCUUUAUUUUUCCUUGCUAAAAACUCUGUAAUGUUAUAAGAAUUGAAAUAAGCCCUAGGAUUCUUACAACCUUAUGAAUAUUUGUUCUUUAUAUAGGUUUUUUUUCUUUUUGAAAUCUUUUCUCUCUCUGUCCUGGUGACUUGUCUUGAUUUGAGAUUUUUUUUUCCAAGAAUUAUUUCAUUCAAAUAUUUGAAGCCCUUACUGAAUGCCAGACAGUGUGCCAGACCCUCCGGAUGUGGCUAUCCCAUGUGUUCCAUGGAAACAACCUCAGUAUACAAAGACAGUUCACUCUGGUUUGCUGUGGAAUUGCAGUGUGAGUGGUAUGAGAUGAAACUAAAACCCAAGGAAGGCUGGCGGAGCCAAGGGUUGGUCCCUUCUCUUCCACCUUCACCCCUCGACUCCCCAGUUGCAGUCAUUUUCUCCUAUUAAAAACUAAACUGAGGGCUGACCUAGCCAUACUGCAAAUCCCUAAGAUAAAGUAAAGCAGGGUUUGAGAUACCAAUCCACCCUUGUUAACUCUUUCCAAGCUGCAAGAGUCAUUCCCUUCUAGUUGCCUCAGAUCAUGGGAUGAUUUCUUAUUUUAAAAUUGAGACAUAAUUUCCAUACAAAAACCUGUUGCCAUUCAGUUAAUUCCAACUCAUAGCGACCCUAUAGGGCAGAGUAGAACUGCCCCAUAGGGUUUCCAAGGAGCAGCUGGUAGAUUUGAAUGGCUCACCUUUUGGUUAACAGCCAAAUGCUUAACCACUGUGCCACCAGAGCUCCGACUUACAUGCAGUAAGGUGCAAAAAUCUUAGGAAUACAGACGGGUGAAUUUUUACAUAUCUAUACACCCAUGCCACCACCUCUCAGAUGAAGUCAUAGACUAUUUCCAGCACCACAGAAAGUUCCCUUGUGCCCAUGGUACCAUUUUAUAAAAGAUAUUUGGAAGGCCCUUCAAAUUUGUGCCUUUCUUCUCCCUUCUUAGGUAUAAAAAAGAGGUGGGGGGAGGGAACUUCACCAUCAAUGCAGAACAAGAGUAUAAAGACUAUACCUUCUGGCAAGUCAAAGGGUAAUCCCUGGAACUCUAUUUCCUCAUUGUAAAAAAAAAUGCUUGAGGCUAGAUCAUUUUUGGAAUCCUUCCAGCCCAUGCUUGCUUUUAUUCUAAGUGAAUGAAAAAGAGGGAGAGUCAGUAGGAAACUAGGUUUCUGUACAGUGACUUUUAGAUCCACACACUAGCAUCUUUCUGCUUUUCAUCCCACCUUGUUGCUUUGACCCUGACAUACUCUGGGUCUUAAGAAAGAUCAAAAGAUCAGUGGGCAUUAAAGUUACGAAUAUACCCAUUAUAUCCAGCACACACUGAAAUCUGUGUGACACCAAUUACCAUAUUUCUCUGUAACAACUUUAUAAAUAAUGUCAUUUUCAUGAUAGUCUUCGGCCUUCACCAGCCGGGCCACUGUACCUAGACAUUCAGUUCAUUUUAAUAAUCAUGUCUUCCCCAUAUCAUUUGGGAAGUUGAUAAAUAUCACUUCCUUGGAAGCUUUCAGCUAUAUGUCUGGUUUUUAUAAUUACAUCAGAAACAGUAAGUUCCUUGUUGGGGGGGUUGAAGGCCGAACCUUUGGUUCUGAUCUACAAAAGGAAGAAGUGUUCCAUUCAGGUUGAUGAUGUACUUAGACUCCAACCAAAGCUGAUCUCCAGUAGACCCUGCCCAAACUCAUCUGUUAGUUAUGUCUUGUGAGUUGUUCAUCCAAACUUUGUCAUAAGCUCCUUUGCCAUGAUUUUGUAAAUAGUUGGAUUUCAAACAUGAGAGUUUGGAAGGUUAUAUGCAUUGAAGUAGAGGAAUUUUUGUUCAGAUUUGCUGUUAUUUAUUUUUUAAAUUAAAAAUGGAAAAUGUAUUUUAAA